AUGUUACACGAGAAUAUCACGCAGCUGUCCUUCAAGUCGGUACAGUCACGCUUCAACACGCGCUAUUUCUCGAACUUCACCACCCAGCUCGUUAACGGCACGGUCUUUAAUGACUGCCAUCUCACUGAGCGUUUGGAUCCCGGUGUACGCUGUCAUCUGGAAUUUCAACUGCGCAUCGCUAAUUCCAAGAUUUAUCAGUCACUUUUCGAUUUCGAUAUCGAUGUUUGUGGCACGAUAAUAGCGCUUAAAGAUCACUUUCUUAAGAGUUGGUAUCGCAGCCUCUUGAAGUACGGUAAUUUUAUGGAGAAUUGUCCGUUCCAUCCCGAUCAUUACUAUUUGAAUGGUUGGCAAUUGGAGCCGGCAUUGUUUCCCAAAUAUCUUUAUCCUGGUGAUUACAAAAUAAUCGCAUUUAUUUAUUACGGACAGUAUAAGAAGAAAAAAAUGGAUUUCGUGUUCGAACUGCAAUUGGAAGCUACUGUCUUGUGAAGUUCAGAGAAUGAAAUGAAACAAUAAAAUAAUCGCAAAAGUCUGAAUAUUUGCGUAUUUAUUAUCAUGCCGUUUCAAUCUUACGCAGUUAUAGUAUUUCUUUCAGCCGCUGCCGUAGUCGCAGUCUCUACCCAAGCUUCGUUUUUGAUUUCUGUCUCCUUUACAGCCGCAAUCUUGGCUCACUGCGUCGCAGAGGCUACUCGUGGCGGUGUUUUAGGC